AUGGGAUUUCCAAUGGGUUUCCGUAAUAUCGAUAUACCCAGAUCGCUGCUGUACACAGCAUCAGCCAUGGCCUAUAUAAACAACCUCAUAUAUUUCUUUCUUUCACUUCUCACACUCAGCAGGCUGCCACAAGAUGACAGCUAUUUGUGGCCAGAAUUUCAAGAAAUUCAUUCUCCCAUUUCCCCCACAUCAGGUGAGAUGAUAAAGAACAGUUUGCCUGUCAUUACAUUCCGAAUCGUUGCAGAGAAGCUGACUGACAGCGAGGAGGAUUUUGGGUGCGCAGUUUGCUUGAGCUCUCUCAAAGAAGAUGACGAAAUCCGAGAGCUGUGUAAUUGCAAUCACAUAUUUCAUAGAAAUUGUUUGGAUAAAUGGAUUGAUAACUAUCAGGACACCUGUCCUUUCUGCAGAUGUCCUCUUCUUCCCCCACCUGAACAGUCUUGA